CUCCUGUCAGCCCCACGAGCCUUUGGCACAAUGAAGUGGGUAACUUGUAUCUCCCUCCUCCUCCUGCUCUUCAGCUCUGCCUACUCCAGGGGUGUGUUCCGCCGGGAUGCACACAAGAGUGAGGUUGCUCACCGAUUCAACGAUCUGGGAGAACAGUAUUUCAAAGGCCUGGUCUUGGUGGCUUUCUCUCAGUAUCUCCAGAAGUGCCCCUAUGAAGAUCAUGUCAACUUAGUCAAAGAUGUAACUGAGUUUGCCAAAACCUGUGUGGCUGAUGAGUCCGCUGCUAACUGUGACAAACCACUUCCCACUCUCUUCGGAGACAAAUUGUGCUCGCUCCCAUCGUUUGCUGAUAAAUACCCCGAGAUGGCUGAGUGCUGCGGAAAACAAGAGCCCGAGCGCAACGAAUGCUUCCUGCAGCACAAGGACGACAGCCCCGACCUGCCGCGCGUGGAAAAGCCGGGCGCCGACGUCAUGUGCGCUGCCUUCCACGAGAACGAGGACAAGUUUCUGGGACAGUAUUUGCACGCGGUGGCCAGAAGACAUCCUUACUUCAACGCCCCAGAGCUCCUCUACUAUGCGGAGAAGUACAAGGAAGUGAUGACCGAAUGCUGCAAAGCUGAGGACAAAGCCGCCUGCCUCACCCCAAAGUAUGAUGCGCUGAAGGAGAAGGUGCUGAUGUCCUCGGCUCAGCAGAGACUCAAGUGUGCCAGUUUCCAGAAAUUCGGAGAAAGAGCUUUCAAAGCAUGGGCAGUGUCUCGCAUGAGCCAGAAGUUUCCCAAAGCCGACUUUGCCGAGGUUUCCAAGCUUGUCACGGAUCUGACCAAAGUCAACAAGGAGUGCUGCCACGGAGACCUGCUGGAGUGCGCGGAUGACACCGCGGACCUCGUCAAGUACAUGUGUGAAAAUCAGGAUUCGAUCUCCAGCAAGCUGCAGCACUGCUGCGAGAAGCCUCUGCUGCAAAAGGCCCACUGCCUUUCUGAGGUGGAAAAGGACGACAUGCCGGCCGACCUUCCCCCCUUGGAGGCCGAUUUCGUGCAGGACGCUGACGUUUGCAAGAACUACGCUGAGGCCAAAGACGUUUUCCUGGGCACGUUUCUGUACGAGUAUUCUAGAAGGCACCCCGACUAUGCUGUCAGCAUGCUGUUGAGGCUCGCCCAGAAAUACGAAGCCGUGCUGGAGAGGUGCUGUGCCGAGGCCGACCCCCACGCGUGCUACGGCAAGGCGUUUGAUGAACUUAAGCCCCUUGUGGAUGAGCCUCAAAAUUUGGUUAAAGAAAACUGUGAGCAGUUUGAGCAGCUUGGAGAGUAUAAAUUCCAAAACAUGCUUGUGGUUCGUUACACCCAGAAAGCACCUCAGGUGUCGACUCCAACUCUUGUAGAGGCUGCAAGAAACCUAGGAAAAGUGGGCACCAAGUGUUGUAACGUUCCUGAAACAGAGAGACUGCCUUGUGUUGAAGACUAUUUGUCCCUGGUGCUGAACCGGUUCUGUGUGCUGCACGAGAAGAACCCCGUGAGCGCGCGCGUCACGGAGUGCUGCACCAAGUCCCUGGUGAACCGGCGGCCGUGCUUCAGCGCGCUGUCCGUGGACGAGACCUACGUUCCCAAGGAGUUCAACGCCGAGACCUUCACCUUCCACGCCGACUACUGCACACUUCCAGAGGCGGAGCAGCAGCACAAGAAACAAGUAACCAUGGCGGAGCUGGUGAAGCACAAGCCCGCGGUCACCAAGGAGCAGCUGGCGGCCGUGCUGGGGAAGGUGGCCGCGUUCCUGGACACGUGCUGCAAGGCCGCGGACAAGGAGGCCUGCUUCGCCGAGGACGGUCCAAAGGUUGUUGCCGCCAGCCAAGCUGCCUUAGCCUAAAACACCACAACUGCAAGCAUCUUUCAGUCUCCUCUGAGAAGAAGAAAGAGAAAUGG